AUGGUCCCUGUAGGUGGCAGUUGGUUCGCACUCGGGCCAUGGCGCCUGGCUCGUCUCGGCGAGGCCGAGCAGCCCGAAGAGGCUUCCACCGACGACGGCAUCGAGCGGGGUGCACAGGGCGAUCUUGAUGGUACAUGGCAGCAGCGUGAUGUUCUUGCUGCUGAUCGCACUGUUGACUGCGAUUGCUCUUCCGACUGGCCUUGCGUACGCCGCGUCCAGGUGAUCACCUUGCUGUUUGUGUCGGCGUGUCUCUCAUGGUUUGUCGCCACGCGCGUCCAGGUCCAACCCAGCCUCCAGAGCAUGGGCGACAAUGUUUCGUUGAAGUCGCAGCUCGUGAAUCAGGCGAAGUGGAACCUGAACGGCAAGGAGAUGGGCUGCACAAAUUGGCGGGAGAUUGCCCUGAGGAAGUACGAAACGAAGGCCGACGUCCAGGACUGCGGCGAGCUGUGUGGGGAAACGGCGGGGUGCAUGGCCUUCGGUUUCCAGCCGAAAGCUUGCGAGGGCCCGGACCAGGCCUCCGAAGGAGCCUGUUUUCUCUGGGGCGAGUUGUGUCAUCUGGAAGCCAACGUCUGCUGGGACAACUAUCGGAUGGACAGGCCCCCCGUGCCUUUGCCCUGGGGGCUCGCCAGCAGGCGUACGGGGUGCGCCAACCGCGACAAGAUUGGGGUUCAGGAGAGCGUCGAGUGGAACGCGAAUGAGUGCGGCGAGAAGUGCAGACAGUCGGACGGGUGCACGGCGUUCAACUUCCAGCCCAGGACUUGCAAGGGUCCAGGCUCGGGCGAGAAAGGCGAGUGUCACUUGUUCAGCGGCCCGUGCAAGCAGGAGUCUAAUGUGUGCUUGGACUUCUACCUGAUGGCACCCCCGCCUUCGGCAACUGAAGCUCAAAUCGCGACGUUUAAGUUGGCAGAGCCCGCAUCAGAGGGGAGUCGUUAUCGAAGAUGCCUGCGGUGA